AUGUCAUCAUCACCAGACAACGCAAAACAAGAGACUGCUCACGUCUCAGAAUGUUCAUCGGAUCAAGAACUGCACUCAGAGAAUGAUAUCUUUAAUGAGAAACCCGAGUUGACCCUUCCUGUUAUCAAACACUAUUUCGCAACAAGACUCACUACUCUAUUUGAUUUGCCUGUCUAUCACUCAGAACACAGAUGGUAUGAGCUUCUUAAUCCUGUCCCAGGUUUGAAAGAGAUGACUUUGAGAGAUUGGAACUAUUACGGAUUGGGAUGGUUUGGUUGGGUUUUGGAUGCUAUGGAUUUCUUUUGUGUUUCCGUUGCGUUGCCUGAAAUUGCCCUCACUUUGAACUCAAGUGUUGCUGAUAUUACUUGGGGUGUUACUUUGGUUUUGAUGCUUAGAGCUGUUGGUGCUAUUUUGUUUGGUAUUGCUUCUGACAAGUUUGGUAGAAAGAAAUGUUAUAUUGCCAUUUGUAUUAUGUUCACAUUUGUUGAAACUGGUACUGGGUUUGUGCAAACAUAUCAACAAUUCCUUGGAGUUCGUGCUAUUUUCGGAAUAUUGAUGGGUAGUAUGUUGCCCGUGUGUAUGGUGACUGCAAUGGAAAGUCAGCCAUUACGUGCAAGAAGUAUUUUGUCAGGAUUGUUUUCACCAGGUUAUUGUGUUGGAUACAUUAUGGCAUUGGUUUGGUACAAGGUCUUUGCCCCAACUUAUAAGGUGGGAGAAGGAUGGAGAAGUUUGUUUUGGUUCAGUGGUGGUUUGAGUGUUCUUUUGAUUGUAUGGAGAUUGUUGGUUCCAGAGUCAUAUGAAUUUUUGGAAAUGCAGGAAAAGAAGAGAAAGAUUAAACAACAAAACAAAAAGACUGGUCUUCAAAAAUACUUCAACACAACUAUUGUUACAACUUUAAAAACUGAAUGGUUGUUGUUCAGUUACCUUUGUAUUGCUUAUGCUGGUUGGAAUUUCAUGGCUCAUGGAACGCAGGAUUUGUACGUUACAAUGUUGUCAAAUCAAUUUGGUGUCAGUAUCAGUCAGAGAACUAUGAUUGUAGCCAUAUCCAAUUUUGGUGGGCUUGUUGGUGGUGCAUGUGUUGGAAAUAUUUCCGAAAUUUUUGGAAGAAGAUUAUCAGCCAUUAUUGCAACAAUUUGCUGUGGAGCUUUUGUUUAUCCGUCUUUCUACAACGCUGACAAAAACUGGGGCGCUUAUGUUGUGUUGAUUGGAUUCACAAUGGCUUCUUGGGGUGUGUCAUCAGCUUACGCUUUGGAGUUGGUAAACAAAGCACACAGAACUUUGUUGAUUGGAUUGGCAUACCAAAUUGGUAAUUUGAUCAGUGCCGGUAGUGCUACUAUUCAAGCCCAGCUUGGUGAGAAAUACCCCAUUCCAGGUGCUGCUCCUGGUGUUUUCGAUUAUGGAAAAGUCAUGUGUAUUUUCUGUGGAGCCGUCUUUGCAGUAAUGGUUGUCAUUUUGGCGUUGGGACCAGAGAAGUUUCAUAGAAAUUUGAAAAUGGUUGCAGCUGAUUAUGGUGCAGACCCAGAUAUUGAAGAAGACUUGGAUUUGGACAAGCCAGAUAAUGAAAGGAGAAAGUAA